AUGCAUCCCAUCCAAUAUCGUCAUGAAAUCGCUGAAUUCAUCUACCCACAUCGUCUAAGCGACUUACGGCUUAACGAGCUCCGAUCUCUACAAGGAGCUAUCAGAAAUGUUGUUGCUUUGGCCAAAACCGAGGAUGAAAGUGAUGAAUUGAUCAACGGUAUCAUCUGCAUUGAGCUUUACGGCGACAAUGCGGCCAUUCGCCGAGCACGUCAAGUGCUCUGCCGAAUCCGGAAUGAACUCUCUUAUCGGAAAGCACAUCAGAAGUGCUCGAAGGAUCUUGGCUUUGACAGUCCAUGUGAAUGCCUUUCCGACAACGCGCGCAGCAACCACCAAAGGAAAAAUGCUACAAUUAUGAGCGCUGUUUUGACGUUCUGGAUGGUGCUAUUUUCGAUUAUCCACCUGAACGAAAUAUACAAAACAGAGAUUCCUUCAACGAAUAUCAUCUACCCUUCGUUCGAGUGGGCGAUUAUGUUUGCUUUGAUAAUCAACGUCAUCGUCUUCUUCUUCUUUCGUGCCUUUUUCUGCUGGUGCUUGAAGUUCCACGAGGCAACAGACAGCCCCAGGCUACUUGCGAAAAGCGAGCAAUCCCGCGGAUAUAAUUCUGUC